CACUUUGACCCCGCCCGUGCCGCUUUGAAUUGUGGGACUGGAUUCUAAAACAUCAACAAAAAUCUUUAUGCUGUUACUGUUCACAGAUAACUGCUCGUUUUCUGUUCACCUCGGCGGUUCCCUGCGAAACAGAGAUGGAAAAUGUUCACCUAGCCGUAGAGGAGGAGGAUCUUUAUUCGGGCUACAACGACUAUAACCCCACAUUUGACUCCGAGGAACUGGAGAACGAUGUGGGCUUCCAGCAGGCAGUUAGGACCAGUCAUGGAAGGAGACCUCCGAUGACUGCGAAGUUUCCAGGCACCGCCAUCGGAGGUCGACCUUUAGUUUCAUCUUUUGGUUCCCGAAUCCCGAUGGCUUCAUCAAUGGGCAGACCCAUGACUGGAGCUGUCCAGGAUGGUGCUGCCCGUCCGAUGACUGCUGUCAGAGCUGCAGGUUACUCAUCCUCACUGAUGCGCGGCUCAACCUUUGACCCCCUGGGACAGUCCAAGGGGCCUGCGCCUCCACUUGAAGCAAAGAAUGAAGACACGGCGGAAGAGAAGAUCAAGAUCCUGGAGAAGAAAGUGAACGACCUGAUAGAGGAGAGCUGCAUGGCACAGAGCAUAGGCGCCUUUCAGCUGGCUCUUGAAAAAGCCAAAGAGGCAGGGAGGAAAGAGCGAGCGCUGAUCAGACAGAGGGAAGCGUCCGGCAACACGGAGCACAUCAACUUAGACCUCACUUACUCUGGAGAGGUAAUAAAACAGGGAUCAAAUAUGACUACCGUGGCAGCAAGCAUUUCGACUCAGCUACACAGGCAGUAUGAGCAGAGAAAAGCUGUUUUGCUCAACCUUGCCAACCAGUAUGCGAACAAUGAAAUGUACCCGGAGGCUCUGAACAGCUACCACGUCAUUGUGAAAAACAAGAUGUUCACUAACGCAGGCCGCCUCAAAGUCAACAUGGCCAACAUCUACUUUGAACAGAAGAACUACCCUAAAGCGAUCAAAUUCUACCGCAUGGCGCUGGAUCAGAUAUCCAACACUCACAAGGAGCUGAGGAUCAAGAUCAUGCAGAAUAUCGGAGUGGUGUUUGUCCGCCUGGGCCAGUACUCGGACGCCAUAACGUCCUUCGAGCACAUCAUGACCGAGAGUCCCAACAUAAAGACCGGCUUCAACCUUAUCCUGUGCUACUACGCCGUUGGAGACAGAGAGAGGAUGAAGAAGGCCUUUCAGAAGCUCAUCUCCGUUCCACUGGGCAUCGAUGAUGAAGAUAAGUACAUCCCAGCCAGUGAUGACCCCAGUUCCAACAUGGUCAUUGAGGCCAUUAAAAACGACAAGCUUCACCAGAUGGAGAGGGAUCUGAAAGUCCUGGCUGAGAAGUACAUCAUGACUGCGGCCAAACUCAUUGCUCCGGCCAUUGAGACUUCCUUUGCUAGCGGCUUUGACUGGUGUGUUGACAUGGUGAAGUGCUCGCAGUAUGUCGAGCUAGCCAAUGAUCUGGAGAUAAACAAAGCCAUCACAUACCUCAGGCAGAAGGACUUCAAUCAGGCGGUGGAAACUCUGAAAACAUUCGAGAAGAAGGACAGCCGAGUGAAAAGCGCUGCAGCCACCAACCUUUCUUUCCUCUAUUUCCUGGAGAAGGACUAUGAUCAGGCUGACCGAUACGCUGACCUCGCUAUGAACGCCGAUCGCUACAACCCCGCCGCCCUUAUCAACAAGGGCAACACGGUGUUUGUCAAAAAGGACUACGAAAAGGCUGCUGAGUUCUACAAAGAGGCACUGAGGAAUGACUCCUCGUGCACCGAGGCCCUCUUUAACCUGGGUUUGUCCUAUGAGAGACUGAACAGAUUGGAGGAGGGCCUGGACUGCUUUCUGAAGCUUCAUUCAAUUCUGAGGAGCAGCGCUGAAGUCAUGUAUCAGCUGGCUCACCUCUACGAGCAGCUCGGAGACCCUCAGCAAGCGAUCGAGUGGCUGAUGCAGGUCAUCAGCGCCACUCCCACAGAUCCACAUGUACUGGCCAAACUGGGAAAGCUGCAUGACGACGAGGGGGACAAGUCCCAGGCUUUCCAGUACUACAGUGAGUCUUUCAGGUACUUUCCCUCCAACAUCGACGUGAUCGAGUGGCUCGGGGCUUACUACAUCGAGACCCAGUUCUGUGAGAAGGCCAUCCAGUACUUUGAACGAGCAACGCUCAUACAGCCAAACUAUGUGAAGUGGCAGCUAAUAGUGGCGAGCUGUUACAGAAGAAGUGGAAACUACCAGAAAGCUCUGGAAACCUACAAAGAGAUCCAUCGAAGGUUUCCGGAAAACGUGGAGUGCCUGCGCUUCCUGGUGAGGCUGUCGACAGACAUGGGGCUGAAGGAAGUCCAGGAAUAUGCCACCAAGCUGAAGAAGGUGGAGAAGAUGAAGGAGCUCAGAGAGCAGAGAGUGAAGUCGGGCCGAGAGAACAGCGCCAGAGGUCGCAGGGAGGGCAGCACAGGGAGUGCUGAAAAUGCCAAAGCAGAGCCUCAACCUGAGCCUAAACAGUUCAGUCCACUGUUGGACUCAGACAGCGGCCGCAGCAGCAGCAGCAGCUCAAAGGGGGAGCGUCUGAGCGCCAAGAUGAGGUCACUUCCUGGGUCCAAUGAGCCCUAUGAAGCCAGCAGCCCAAAAGAGCUGGAUGCCUCGUACGUGGACCCGCUGGGGCCUCAGAUGGACAGACCAAAGACGGGGGCCAAGAAGCCGGCGGAUGACGACGACUUUGCAGACGAAGACCUGGGAGACGAACUGCUACCGGAGUAGAUCCAUCGACUCUGAGAGCUUUACCUCUGCUGGUAAUGAGCGACUGGCCUCCUGAUCGGAGACGAGGAAGAAGAGGUUGAAAUGUUCUCCUGUGAAGGAUCAUAUUUAUAAAAAGCAAAAACAAACCUGAAUGAAUUUUUAAAAAAGCACCUGUUAGCCACACACAGUCAGUAUAUGUGUGAGUAAACCUCUUUAGAGAUGGAAAAUGUCUCAGCAAACCGGAUCUAAUCCAACUCUUGGCUCAAAUGAAUUCAUAUUUAUUUUUAUUUUUUAGUCUCUUGAGUAUUUUUUUAAUAAACUGUUAACUACUCCAGAGAAAUCUUUGAGAGGCGUUUCCUUGAGAGCAAAUUUCCCCUAAAACUUAAAGGAAAACCUUACAUUUGACCUCUGACCUCACUUUUAGGAGUCAAAUCUCUCUUUCUUUCUUGAUCUCUUCCUCAUUCUCAGUUUAUAUGAAAUGUCCAUCGUUCUAUUCAGAAUCAGAGUGACAAAUGUGAACAGAUCUGAGGACUACUCCUGAGAUGUUAUUCAAAUCCUGAAUCUGUUUCCUGUGGAUUUGGAUCUCUGCUGUCCUUCAGAUACCGGGACUAUAAAUGGACAAAGAGUUUCUUGGGUGCAAAUGUGCAACUACAUGGCAUGGAAGUAAUUUUAUGAUUCCUAUGCCAUGGAAGUCAUAAAUGAGAUGUAGAUAAUUUUCUACAUCUCUGCUUUUAGGUUUUUCAGGUUUAAAUAUGUUCAUUCAAGGAUCAGUAUUAUGUGUUUUCCAGGCACAUAAUGCCAUUUUAUAGCACAAUCAAGUAACUAUAUUACCUUCAGUUGUUAUAUAUAAAAAAAGCUCUAUAUAUCUAAUAUGGCUUAAUAUAAAAUUGACUUCCUAAUUUAAUGCCUUGAAAUUGGGCUGCUGUCACUUUAAGAAGCUCCUGCUCUUUCUGAAACUCCGCCUUCAGGAAGUCAUUGCAACAUGACUCCUCUAUUAACCCUUUAAUAAUGUUUUUAUACUAGCGUUGCUCUGAGGAGUAGCUCCUAUAUUGAGCUCAGCUGUUGCUCAGCUCCAGCAGGUGUUUGCUAAUUGAUGCUGACUAGUCUGAAGGAGCCGAGUGGAGGAGGCUGCAGCUUUGAGGAGGAGCUUUGUCUUCGAAGGCAGAGUUAGGUCUAUCCAGGCGUUUUACAUAGUUGAAUGGUUGCCAUGGAGAUUAAAGGAUUUCUCAAACAUGCAUGAAA